AUGUUGCGAGAAGUGGCACCACGAAAUGCGCGAACGCGGCGCAUCCUCAAGGCCAGAGAACCGCAAGUGAUUGAGCCUCCGAAGCAAACACUCUUGCUCCACGGUCCAAAAUGCCCUUUACCGCUCCAUACAGUACUAAAAACCUUCCACUCGCUCACAAAACCUCACUCUGUGCUGUUCCACAAGAAGAACGAGAACAUUCACCCUUUCGAGAACACGGAGAGCCUUGAGUUCCUAGCCACCAAGAACGAGUGUGGAAUCGCUAUUUACGGAAGCAGCAACAAGAAGCGGCCAAAUUGCAUUACCAUACUACGUAUAUAUGACUCCAAGGUGCUCGACAUGUGCGAGCUGCUGCUGCUAGGAACGCAAGCUGAGAUGGAAGCCGACGCUGCGGCACAAAAGAAUGCCAAAUCUGCUUUCCAGCUAAAUGUUGGUGUGGGUAUGAAACCCAUGAUUCUUUUCUCGGGAACUGUAUGGGCCGACGAGACCUCUGGAGUCUUCAAGAUGCUCAAGAGCAUGUUUUUGGAUAUUUUCAAGGGUGAAGAGACCGACAAAAUAGACGUUGAGGGAUUGCAGUACAUUCUCAUGGUGGCUGCUGAGGAGCCUCAAGACAGUGGUUUUUCAGCUACCAACAGCUCCUUUCCAGCCAUCCAUUUACGAUGGUACAAGAUCCGAACCAGGAGGAGCGGUCACAAGUUGCCUCGCGUGGAGCUAGAAGAAGUUGGACCAAAGUUCGAUUUUAGAAUCGGUAGAGUCAGAGAAGCUGAUGAGGACACUAUGAAGACGGCGAUGAAACAAGGGAAGAGGCCACAGGAUAUGGAGAAGACGAAGAAGAAUAUUGGUAUGGACAGCAUUGGCGAUAAGAUUGGACGAGUACAUCUUGGUCGCCAGGACUUGAGUGACUUGCAGACUAGAAAGAUGAAAGGUCUCAAGCGACGAGCGGGUAUCGACGAUGAGGAUGAGGAUGAAGAGAUGGGAGGUAUGGAAUCAGAUGAGAUUUCAGAAGAUGAAAAUACAAGUCACAAGCGACCGAAGAAAGAGUAG